AUGUCUCUCCAGUCUCAGUCGCCCUCCUACGAGCAGGUACCUCUGGAUGUCUCGGCCCCAGAAUACACCAACCGCCACACGUCGAUGUCGUCGAUGUCGUCUGCGUCCGGGUGCACCUCGUCCACCUACGGAGGUAAUGCGUCCAUGCAAGCGAUGAACGCAAACACGACAGGAAACUCGGUUCUUUCUGGUCGCGUGUCGCAGAGCCGGCAUUUUGGACAGCACGGCACGUUCAACCCCAACUGGCUGCCGCAGCAAACGAACACCAUGAUGAACGUCACGCCCUGGAUAGAACAGCAGGCUCAGGUGGCUCCUAGCAUCAACAUGUCCAGUCUCAACAUGUCGUCGAUGCCGAGCGAGCAGUCGCAGACCACUAAUUUGAGCGUGCUGACCAACAAGAACAGCAGCAACUCCACUGUCAACGACAAGAGCGAGGAGCGACAGCAGAGCAGCGGGGCUCCUGUGUCGCCCAACCACGCUCACCAGCCCCACGAGUUCGAAAAGGACGAGGAAGACGUGAUUCCCACCGCGAUCGUGAUCAAAAACAUCCCGUUCGCAAUCAAAAAAGAACAGCUGCUCGACGUGAUGUCCAAGCUGAGCUUGCCAUUACCGUAUGCCUUUAAUUACCACUUCGACAACGGCGUCUUCCGCGGCCUUGCGUUUGCGAAUUUCAACUCGACCGAGGAAACGUCCAUGGUGGUGAACGUUCUGAAUGGCCGGGAGAUCGGCGGCAGAAAGCUCCGGGUCGAGUACAAGAAGAUGUUGCCGAUGGUCGAAAGAGAGCGGAUCGAGCGCGAGAAGAGAGAAAAACGCGGCCAAUUGGAGGAACAGCACCGGUCCACCAGCGCCACCUCGCUGGCUUCUCUUUACAGCAUCAGCUCAAUGCCUAACUCGUCCACCCCAGCGCAGACCAACAUCUCGCUUCUCAACAAUGCCAGCACUGCACACAAACUCAUGCCGGACAGACUCUACGUGACCCUGAGUGGCCAGCCUGCUUCCUUGCCGAGCAACGUGGACUUUAAUGACCCUGAAACGUUAGAAAUCUAUUCCAAACUGAUUGUUUUUAGAGACGAAUUCAAGAACCCAACGCUACCUGCCAGUGUUUCCGAGCUGGCGUUCCCCUUGGCGUCGAUGAACUCCAACCAGCGCAAAGUUUUAUCUGUUCUGUGCCAGUUUUUGAACCUGGUCGAGUCUUUUGAAUCUGGCUUUAUCACCGUGAAGAGAUCCGAGCUCGGCGUCCAGACCACCGGAGGCACCUCGGUCACAGGCGUUGCCGGCACCUCUGUGUCCUCGGCCGCGACCCCGGCAACAGGCACGCAGCCGGCCUUUCCACCUUCUUUGAUCCGGUCGCAGUCGCACAACCUGGUGAGCACGGCGUCUCCACUGUCCAUGAAUCCCGGUAGAUAUAGACAGCAGUCUCCUCGGAUCGUGACGCAGCAGACCCAGCCAAACACAUUUGCGCAGCCGCAGCAGCUGCAGAGCGCCACCUCUUCGCCGAACAUUUUCCAAUUGCAGCAUCAGAACCCGUCCACUCUGCACCACUCGUCCUCUGCCGCGUCUCUGAACCUCUUGCGGACCAACGGGCAGACGCCCCUGGGCCAGCAGCUCAGCGGUGGCACGUCUGGAGCUCGUGGGGGCGGCCUUCCCUCUCUGGGCGGAAAUGCAGCCUUCUUUGGACAGGCGCAAUUCCCAAACACUGGACUUACCAGCAAGAUGGACGACAUAUUCAUUGGCAUGGAGAAUUUGAGUUUUGAGAGAUGA